GCCAUUUUACCUUUGUAUCCCCUCACGGCCUCGCAGCUGCCUUUGAGUCCUGCCUGCCCUCCUGAACUGCGCACUUGCCGCGCUCACCGUCUUCUCGCCCCGUGCUGCGCUCCAGUUGCUCCAGUUGCCUGCCUGCCACCGCCCCGGCCUGCCCCGCCGUCCCUGCCGCGGCCUUUCUCGACGCGCAGUGUAGCGGACUUGGUCUAAAGCAUCCUGCGACACUCCUACAAUCUCUGCCCCUCCCUCACUCUCGUGCGGGCCACCCUACGACGCAGCCAUGACCUCCGUCGUCGCCAAUUCCCCGAUCCCUGCCCAGUAUGCGGCACCAGCAGCCGCAGACGGGGUCGGCUCCAGCAGAACAUAUGCUGCCAUUGCGCCCUCCACCGUCUCUCCCCUCAACGUGACGCCCACCUCCAAGCACUCACGCCUGCCUGACUACAAUGCUUCACCUACCUCCUCCAGUAGUGACGCAGCCAUGCAGCAGAGAGCGGAGGGAAAGCGCUCGCCUCUUUCUCUUUCGUCUCGCUCUCCUUCGACGCACCGCCGUCAUCCUUCUUCCUCCUCUCCCACCUCCACCUCGCUGUCGCCGCCGCGCUUCGACGCCUAUCCAUGCACUCCCAAGUCUAACCGCCCUUCUUCGAGCAGGUCACGCGGCCCCCCGGCGCCCAGAAUAGUCGUCAAGAAGGAGCCUGCCUCGCCCGACAUGCCCUCCACCACCACCCGCCACCGCCCCCGCCGCCUGGACCUGUCCAACCACAACAUCGUCCACUCGUCCGGCGCCCUCACUGCGAGGCCCUCUGGCCCCGGCAGCGCCAACGUCAUGGACAUGGGCCUCGCCUGCCUGUCGCCCGGCUUCCACACCCAGGACCCGACCAUGCGUUCGCAGCUGCAGCGCAGUCUGGACGUCCGCGAGAGGCAGAGGCAGAUCAUCGAGGCCCGCCAGAAGAACGGCGGCAAGGGUGCCCCGGUAGAAGAGGAACCCCCGCGAAGCACCGAGAUCGGUGCCUUUGGACGGACCAUCAAGACGCCCCAGACAUCGAAGAGGAAGGGCCCUCCCCCUGGUCUCACCAUUGCACCUCCCGCACACCAGACCUUCGCCAACGACAGGAUCAUCCAGUCGGCACCCAUCAACCAGACCUUUACCGGCCUUCGCAGCAACACACUGCUUUCGAGGCAGAUCGCCAAUGGUCCCUCAGGUCUCUCGCAAUCGUCACACAUCCACCAUGUGCCGGCGCACCAGACCAACAACCGUCUGCCACCCAUCUCAGACGUCUUCCCAGAGCCUCUUCACACUGCAAGGAAUCAUCACAGCCCUGGUCAUUCAUCGCACUCCAACAACCAGCCACCACUGCCAUCUCCAGGAUUCGCUGCUCCCCACUCUGUACCACCACCACUGACAUCAAGGCCCCGCGAAUACAAGUCCGCUGAGGAGGCAGUGCAGUCGCUCUCUGGUGGCCGUGAGGAUCUUCUGCCCCGUCUGGUCCACUACGGCGGUCACCAGCCCCCAACACCACCCUCACCCAUGCCCAAGAACGGACAGUCAGCCUACGCUCCACACCCUGACGUUCUCCGCAGUGGCAGCUCCAGGAGGCGGGGUCGCGACGAAUACGAGCGAGACAACGGCACUCCUCCCCUUGGUCGCCAAGCACCCCGUAUCGGACCGUUUGGAGAGGGUCGUGACUCGCCAGAGACACAGCAGAAGAAGAAAGAAGAAUUCAUUGGUCUGUGUGCAAGAGCCUGGGACCUGUUCCAUUCGUAA